AGCAGUUUCAUCUUCCUCAGAAUGUGCUGUCACGAGACAAUUUUUACAUAACAUCUUCCUUCUUCCGCAAAAGCUGAAAAGAAAAAAGGCUUCUUCAAAGAUGUCUUGUACCAGCGAAACGGUAAUUCUAUCGACAGAGUCGAAUCUAAGCUUGCUGUUUGCGAAUUGUUCGAUGUGUAGCGAAUCAGCACUCGUUUCACAUUUGGUGGGUCAGUUGAUGAAGAUAUACAAUGUCGCUCGCAGUGUGCCCAUUUCUAGACUGGCUUUUGGAGGAACAUCAUCUUUAACCUCUAAGUUACUUAGCCUAGCAAAUCAGUCGCUGCUGAAGGGUUGCGGAUUACAUCUUCAAGGCAGAAUAACCACAGAAAGUCUUGACUCAAAACCCUGUUGCUUUGAAGUCACCGCUGAAAAAAUUUUGUCCUUUGGAAGAACGCAAUUACAGCAAAUAUUUGGCGAAAAUAACUCAACUAGCUCAAGUGAAUGUGAGGUUUUAAGGAUUUGCGAGUCAGCCUUGAGUUUACCGCUAAGCAACUGUUUCUCUGACACAAGUACUGGAUGCACUUCAAUUGGUGUCUGUGAAAACGGAGACAGCAUUUCUCGUGCAUUGUGGCAUGCUGCAGAGGAAAGAUGGAAGGAUGCAACAGAUAUGCUUUCCGAUUAUACACCGGAUAAAAUUCUUCAUACUGUGGUAGAGGUACAGCAGUUUAAAUCUGUUUUACAUGGAUGCAAUUUUUUUUAAAAGGCAACCCCAAGACCUUCUCUUUGUGGCCUCUUUUGAGAUGAAGAGGGCACGAUUAAAGGCGUCAAGCUUUCCGCACAAGCCCCAUACUUCAUUAUGCAUACAGUUCUUGGGUAAUGAAAACAAUGGCAAAAACAAUAGAUUAUCUUUGGGACUAUGGCUUUGUUUUGGAAUAGUUUGGGUUUUACAGAAAUCUUUCAGUGCACAUGGCAUUUAUGCAAAUCAGAGAAGAUUAAAAAGAAAAAAAAAAGCAAUUGUAAACUAAUAUGUAAAGAAAAGGAAAUCAUCCAUGGGUGAGAGGGGUAUAAAGCAGGGCUAAAAUCAACCCUUAAGAAACACCCUGUGGGUCCCCUGAAACAAAAUGAAAGCCACAAAAUCUCAUUUUCCACUUGCAAACCUCAGAAUUACCCAAAGGAAAGCCACCAUGAAAGAAAAGAGUAGACUGAAAUAAAAAAAAUUGUUUUGUGUUAAAUUGGGUUGUGUUAAAUCACUCAGAUUUAGCUCCUUACACUUAAAUUCUCAUGAUUUCUGAGUGACCAAGACAGAACUUCUCCUUACAAUAUUAAUACAAUGCAAGCAGAAAAGUAACGAGAAUAAAGAAAAGAUCAAUUAGAGGAUUACUAGUCUAUCAAAUUCCAAAUUCUCCAGACUAACAUCAUAAGAACUGUAUGGCAGACAGUAAGGAGAAUUGCUAAAUAACGAGAUCUUGAGAGUGAAAGGGUUAAAAAAUAAGAUUAUCAGACCCAGAGAAAACAUUAAGAAACAAAGUUAUAUACCAAAACCUUUACUUGGUAUUAUCAUAGAACCAAAUUGUAAUGUUUUUGUCUUGCAGCUGGCACAAGACAGAGUGAAUGAAUUAAUCACCAACAACUGUUUAGUUUCUCAACUUUCUGAAGCUGGAGAUUUUCUGAUGUCAACUACCCAAUGUCUUAAAACUGAGGCUGAAGUGUUUUCACAGCUGUUGAAUGAAACACAAGAGCAUGCUCUUGCUGGCAUGACAGAGUUAUGGAAUGUAAUGAAUGAAUAUGGCCAUCUGGCUUGUGAUGGAAUGGAGCUGUUCUCACAGUACAUUUGGAAUACACUGCCUGAGUUUUAUGAACCAGCUUUGCUGGAUGUAAACUUGUUCAACAUAGAUGAUGAAGAUUUUUUCUUUGUGGCAGAGGAACCAAUGCCGAGACGUAGAAGAUCAAUGUUGUAUAUUGGUUCACGAUGAUCAAUAUGGAUGACAUCUAAUACUGAGUUGUGCAGUGGGAUGACUAUGGCACAGGAAGUUUGCCUCAUAAUCUGGUACCAGUAAUCAUAGUGUGCCAAAACUUGGAUCACUGUAUACUUGAUUAGCCUUGUGGCAAUUGAAUUAAAUCUCUAGCAUUCCUUGUUGAAACAUUUGUUUAAGGUCAUUGCUUUUUUUCCAUAUUAUGAAAAUCUGAAAUCUGGAGAUGUAUAAUAAUAUAUAGACCUAUGUACAUAGAAAAGUAUAUUGCCGAGAUGGCUGAUUAUUGCACUCUACAACUUCUGUUCUAAAGAAGCAUAUGUUUAUAUUUGAAUUUUGUACUGCAAACAUCUUAGAUGCACGAUGUGUAUACUUGUUUCUGAUGUUUAGUAGGUUAUGCUAGAUGCCUACCUGUACUGCUGUAAGGUUUGGUGAAUCUAUAAUAUGUGUAAUAGUAUUGAUAGUUGUAAGUAGUGUCAGAUAUGGUGUAUUGAAAAGAAUAUUAGACACAGUUGACAAUUCUAGAUUCAAAUUGGAUUCAGAAUUUGUAAUUUGGGCAAGGGAAAUUGAGCAGGUUUCACUUAAGGUCUGGAUUUUAAAGGGCGUCUUUGCCUGAAAAUCUUGUUGGGUAUAUCUUAGUUUUAAUAUGAGCAGUGGGAUUGUAUUAAUGCAUUUAAUUUGAGCUUAACGCAGCAGUAGUGAGAGUGAUCGUAUAUUGUAACUAGCCUAAACUAAUGAUUGUCUAUUGUAAGGAAAGUUUGAUGCAAGCACAGUAAUGAAAAAGAGUAAAUAAUAAUGGAAAGAGUGAAAGAGGGAUGCACCCUUGUAAUAAAAGUAACAAGCUGAA